AUGGAUUCCGCUACCGCCCGCCAGACGGGCCACCAAUCUCGGACACAUUCACGUUCCCCGACUCGGAAAUCAACGUCGUUCUCUCCAAAUCCAAGUUUACUAGCCUCCCUUUCCUCCCCUCACCGAUCCCCGCCGCCGUCCCCGGCCUUUUCCCUCGAAGCACAUCGCGCGAUCGCACGGCUUGUCACGCGGCGCAGCGACCUUGCCGCGCUUUGUCUCGUUUCGCGGGCUUUCUGCCGCGUGUCUCAGGCGAUCCUUUACAACACCGUCCACUUCAACGACCUCAAGGGCGGGGCGCUCGUUUGCGAGACGUUGGUGGCGAAUGCAGGCUUGGCGCGGCGCGUGAAGGCCAUGACGAUCCAGAUCUGGGCCAGACCCAGGCGAGCAGAGCAGGGGACAGCUCACGCAAAUGCUGAAGAAGAAGCAAGCGAGGAGGAUUCGGAAUCGGAAGGAGCGUCUGACGAGUCGCGCGGAGAUGACAGAUCCGAGGCCGAGCUUGAAACGCCAGCCGAGUUCUGGGCACUCGUCGCGAAAACUCUUGUCAAAACAAUCAAUUUGCGGCACCUUGUCGUCGACAUAUCUUCGCCAAUCUCGACUGCCGUGGAAUACGCGUGGAGUCUCGGUGGCGCAGAGUGCCCCUUUCGUUUACACACAUUCCACUGCGACUUCGACUGGGAUGCGAAUCUUGUCGCCUUUCUGGAGACACAAACUGAGCUAUACGAUCUUUACGUUCGUGAUUACCGCGACCUCGCCCUUCUUUCUUCACCACUCUCUCCUCAAGAAGUUUCUCCACCUAUUGCUCUGCAUAAUAAUAAUUCGCCUCUCCCAGCACUGACGACCCUCGAAUGCACGUUCUCCGAAGCUGCUGUGCUUCUUUCCCCCGGACGGCCGCUGUCCCGGCUGAAAACAGCGUUCUCAACUCCGCCUCAUAUUGCCAACCGCGAGCCCGAAAUACGACUUUUGAUUUCUGCACUCAGACGUUCGAAUGCGCCCCUUAUUUCGCUCGAUGUAGGAGAUGCGCCGCUUCCAGGCGCCACUGCCGAGGCUGAGACGGCCAGCAUGCAGCUCCUCCAGCGUGUUGCGCAUGCACGCGCAAUGACCAUGGCCCGCGAAUUGCGGUAUUUUGGCACUCUUAUACUUCCCGUAGGAGGACGGAAGCGACUGCAGUUUUACGGAAUCCUGAUCAGGCUCUCGGCCCUCCGCUGUGUGGAACUGGACGUUACCUCCUGGAAACCCCCGCCAUCGUCAUCGCCUGCACUCCGGGCGCUGGCUGCGGAACUUCGCCUCUACUGCAAGGACAUCACCACGAUUGUGUUUGUCCAUGGUGAAGACCUCCAACGGACGAUCGUGGCUGUCGACGCCGUCACGGGCGUGCUCAAGGUUGACCGCAGUGCAAUGCCAGACCAUCUCUGGCGCGAAAUCUAA